AUGUUUCCCUCAAACAAAAUCUUCAGUCAAUCGCUUCAAAACGCGUACAAUAAUUGUCGCGUCGAAGAGAUGUUAUCCAAGAUAUACCUGAAGUCUGCCGUAACGAAGGCCAAGACGGGCAGCGGUGCCCUCAGAGGCCGCCUGUCGUACGGCAUGUGUUCAGUGCAGGGAUGGCGCAAAUAUCAAGAGGACGCACACGUGGCCAUCACUAACUUCGACGACAACCACUCGCUGUUUGCCGUCUUUGACGGACACAACGGACCAGAAGUGGCUCUAUUGGCCGGCAAACGACUCCCGGAGCUCAUCAAAUCCAAUAAGAACUUCCAGAUUGGCAACAUUGAGAUCGCUCUCGAAGAAGUAUUCAUGGCUUUUGAUGCAAUUUUGCUGACCCGAGCCACUAAUGAUCAGCUCUUUGGCCUCAGACGCGGUGUCUUAGGCGAGAAUAUGGCGCCCACUGACAGACCGGCCAUCACCAGCGGCUGCACAGCUCUGGUAGUGUUGAUCGCCAACGACACGGACACGAUAUACGUGGCCAAUAUCGGUGACUCGCGGUGUCUGCUGUAUCGGUCGCGUAAGACAAUCGCGCUCUCCAACGACCACAAGCCUGAAGACCGGUGCGAACGGAAGCGCAUCGAGCGGUCGGGCGGACACGUGAUUGAGGGCCGAAUCAACGGCGGUCUGAAUUUGUCGCGAGCUUUCGGCGACCAUCAGUACAAACGCAAUAAAGCCGUGUCAGCCGAAGAGCAAAUGGUGAGCGCAUGUCCUGAGAUCAAAGUGAAACAAUUGAAGAUCAAGAAAGACGACUUUCUGGUGAUCGCGUGCGACGGCAUCUGGAACUCCAUGUCUAAUAGCAAAGUGUCUCAAUUCGUGUCCAAACGUAUUAAGUCCGAGAAGUUGACCACAAUUUGCCACGAGAUGAUCCAUCGAUGUAUGUCUCCCGUCAGACCCGUCAACGGCAUCGGCGGCGAUAACAUGACCGCAAUUGUGGUCAAGUUUGACGGCGAGUGA